GUGAGCUGAGCUCCAGCAGCGCUCUCCUCUUCUCUGGAACCCCUCGAGUGUCCUCCGUACGCCACAGCAGAGACAUGCAGGACGAGAUGCUGGACCGAGAGGAGAUGCUGAACUCUCUGCGCUCGCUGAGGAACAGCGCAGCCAAGAAACGAGCUAAAGUGAGCGUGAGCAGCUCCGAGGCGGAUCCAGACAGCCCACAACACACACCUCCAUCAGUCAGCAGCCCACUGAGUGACAGCGGCCUCAGUCCCGUCAGCUCUGCUGCUAAAGGUAAACUCAGCACAUCACCAGCAGCGGACAUCACUGCUCCAGACGUGUCACAGCAGGAUCAGUGUGUGUGUGAGAGCAGUGUGAGUGUGGUCGGUCAGAGAGUGUGUUUCUCCAGAGCUCUGGAUGCAGAAGAGCAGAAGGUCAGCGAGGUCAGCUCGUCUCCUCAGGUCAGAGCUGCAGGACGGGAGCCGCUCCGAGCACUCAGACCCGCUAAAGGAGCGCCGCAGCACGUGUCCAAGUCGUGUGGUCUGCGUGAGAUGUCAGAGGGUGUGAUUGGACGAGGAGUGUUUGGCUCUGCGGUUCUGCCCAGUCGGCCCAGUGUUUCUGCUUCCCCUGAGCAGAGUGACGCGGUCAGCAGAGCAGAUCCUCCGUCAGGGGUGUACGGACACGCUUUCUCCAGCAAACACACAGACUCGGACGCCAGUCCUGAACCACAGCAGCUGCAGGAGAAGGUGAAACUGUGUAAGUUUGCGAGUGAGAAGAUGCGUCAGCAGCGUGUGGAGCAGCAGGAGCCAAUUAAACGCGACGAUACACAUGAUGAAGAUGAAGACGAUGAUGUGAAAGACGUCAACAUGAACGGCUGUGAGUCUCCCUCAGAUGAAUCUCCCUCCAGCCCUAACGGACCAAUCAAAAGCAUCAGCCCCGCCCAUCAGCCCGCCCCUCCGACUGGACCGCCCAAUAGAACCACAGUGCCGCGACUCAGACGAGCAUCUAGUCUGAACAGAAGCAGACCGGCUGCCACACACAGCUGCGAUGAGCUGGUUUCUGGCAGUCCUAAGAAGGAGUCUCAGGAUCAGCUGGAGCUGCGGCCGUUCUCUAAACCGGAGCUGGCGCUGACGCAAAGCUUCAGACUGACCGCUGCAGACGACUGGGAGAAGAAGAUCGAGGGCAUGAACAUGCUGCGCAGUCUGGCUCAGUAUCAUCCUGAUGUGCUGAUGAGCCGCAUUCAUGACGUGUGUCUCGCUCUCAUUCAGGAGGUGCGUAACCUGCGCUCCGGCGUGUCCCGUGUUGCCGUGGUGACCCUGGGCGAGAUGUUUGCGUCCCUGCAGAAGGGGAUGGAUCAGGAGCUGGACGCACCGGUGCGAGCGCUGCUGCAUAAAGCUGGAGAAUCCAACGGCUUCAUCCGCACAGACGUGGAGCGCGCGCUGGACAGCCUGACACAACACUGCACACACACACGCUGCAUACACGCACUGCUGGCCGGAGGACUCGGUCAUCUGAACGCAGCGGUGCGCAGGUGUACAGCUCAUCAUCUCAGUGUUCUGCUGGAGCGUGUGGGUGCUGCUCGCCUGCUGAGCGGCGCUAAAGACGUGACAGAGCGACUGCUGCCCGCCGUGGCCAAGCUGGCGCAGGACUCCAGUCAGGAGGCCAGGUACUUCGGCCGGCGGAUGCUGCUGUUUCUCUCCUCUCACCGUGACUUUGAUAAGAUGAUGGAGAAGUUUAUUCCUGCGAAAGACCUGCCGGCCCUCAGAGACGCCGUCUUCACCCUCAAAACCAAGGUGUGCACAAAACACACACUCAUCAGAUCACUACGGCGCUAAUAAUAAGGUCAUAUUUGUGUAGGAAGACUCUUCUGCUCACCGAUGACGCCUUCGUUUGAUUAAAGUCAGCGUGACAGCAGAAUGACCAUGUUGAUUUCACUGGCACACAAGGCUAUUCUGCUGCCUGUGGAGUGAGGCUCCUUCUGUUGUCGUGGGUUUCCAUAGCAACUUUAUAAUAAUAUCCUUAACCACGCCCCUUUUACCAUUAGUUUACAAGAGAGAUGUGCAAAAGAAAGCCCCACCCACUUCUCAAUAUUCAGUUUCAAUUGGAAAUGCUUCAACAUGCUGAAGUAAGCCCCGGCUAGUUGCAGUUCACGCAGACUCUGAAUACAUACUGCCAGUCAGUGGGCGUGUCUUUCGAUCAGUGGGUGUGUCUUUCAAACAGUGGGUGUGUCUUUCAAACAGUGUCUAUGUGGGUGUGUCUGUUAGUAAGUGGGCGUGUCUGGACAGAGGGUGUGUCUAUGUGGGUGUGUCUGUUAGUAAUUGGGCGUGUCUAGACAGAGGGUGUGUCUAUACGGGUGUGCCUGUUAGUAAGUGGGUGUGUCUCAGUAAGUGGGUGUGUCAGGACAGAGGGUGUGUCUAUAGACGAAUCUAUGUCCAUCAGUGGGCAUGUUUGGACAGGAGGUGUGUCUAUGUGGGUGUGUCUGUCAGUGGGUGUAUCCAGACAAAGGGCGUGUCUAUUAGGGCGUGUCUGUCAGUCAGUGGGUGUGUCAGGUCAAAGAGUGUGUCUGUGUGGGUGUGUCUGUCAGUGAGUGUGUCAGGACAAAGGGCGUGUCUAUUAGGGCGUGUCUGUCAGUCAGUGGGUGUGUCAGGACAAAGGGCGUGUCUAUUAGGGCGUGUCUGUCAGUCAGUGGGUGUGUCAGAACAAAGAGUGUGUCUGUGUGGGUGUGUCAGGAAUAAGGGUGUGUCCAUUAGGGCGUGUCUAUUAGCCAGUGGGUGUAUCUCGGUAAGUGGGUGUGUCAGGACAGAGGGUGUGUCUUUAGACAAAUCUUUGUCCAUCAGUGGGCGUGUUUGGACAGGAGGUGUGUCUAUGUGGGUGUGUCUGUCAGUCAGUGGGUGUGUCAGGACAGAGGGUGUGUACAUGUGGGUGUGUCUGUUAGUCAGUGGGUGUGUCUUGACAGAGGGUGUGUUUAUGUGGGUGUGUCAGUCAGUCAGUGGGUGUGUCAGGACAGAUAAUGUGUAUAUAUGGGUGUGUCUGUUUAGUCAGUGGGUGUGUCAGAGACAGAGGG